AUGGAUGCUGUGGACCGCCACUUCACUUUCGAAGAAAUUUCAACUUUAUUUGCACAGGUGGAGGCUGUUCUCAACAGCCGCCCCUUGUGCCCUCUCUCCUCCAAUCCCAACGACCUCCUUCCUCUCUCCCCAGGGCACUUCAUCAUUGGGAGACCGUUGACUGCUCUGCCAACAUCUAAACUGGAGGAUGUGAGAGAAAGCCAGCUGCGACGCUACGAGCGUCUCGAAAGGACACACCAGCAUUUUUGGAAAAGAUGGCAGCGGGAAUAUCUAUCAGAAUUGCAACAGAGGACGAAAUGGAAGGCAGACAAGUCAAGGUUGGACAUUGGAGAUAUGGUACUCUUGGCAGAUGACCAUGCGCCCCCGCUCGCUUGGAAACUCGGUCGAGUUACUCGUCUCAUAUCUGGACCUGAUGGAAUUUCCCGAGUAGCAGACGUUCUCACCAAUAGGGGCAUCGUGCGACGCUCGCUGGUACGGCUCUGCAGGCUACCCACCGCGGAGGAACUCAAGAAUUAUUGA